UUUACUAUCAGCAACUAUUCAGUAAAUGAAUAAACACAUUACGUCUACUUUGGUGCGAUGGUCAUAUAAAUAUUUAACUCAACAGCAUAUAAUGCGAGGCAUACGUUAAAGUUUAUUUUACCAAUGAAGCAAAUGCUAUAAUGGCAAUGAGCUUAAGGAAUGUUGAAGAAGCUAAAAGAAGUCGGAAGAUGAGUUUUAGUUAUUUAAAAGACUCUUUUGUGAGGAGAAGCACAAGGCACAGUGGACCAAGGCCUCACAUGUGUUGCUGUGAAAAUUUGGAUGAAAUUAGCUCAGAAAAUGAAACUGUUAGUUUGGAGCUGAAAAAUCGUGGUAUACAUUUAAAUGUUUCCGAAAAUGGUCAUUGUAACGGUAAUACACGGACAGAUAAUCACAAACCUGGAGUUUUUAAGAAGUUAAAGGAAAGGUUUCAACUGAAAGCUAGUAUUGUUGCAAGACCUAUUAAGUGCAAGUCGAAACAAACUGCAAAAAUUCUUGAUUCUUCCGCGAAGACAUACCAAAAAAGUAUGUGUGACAGUUCAACUACAGAAGAAUUUGUAAAGACUUCUUGUAAUUCCAACUUGCAACCACCUGUUCGGUUCGUAAGAAAUUUAAACAUUCCGAGACAGUACAACAAACUUCAGCAGACAUCUGUUUCCAGUAUAAGUUGUGCUCCUCCACUGAGACUUAGAGAAACUGUUCAAGAACAGUUAUUGGUUACAGAUGUGUUAAAUGUUACAGAUAAUGUUACCAGUAGUUUGCAAGAAGAAGUGAAACCCACUGUUGCUCCCCGACCGCUUGAGAAUCUAAGUUCACAGAGUUCUCAAAGUGCAUCAGAAUUGAAAGUCUGUAAUUGUAGGCACUUAAUAAGCAAUAUAUGUACAGAAGAAUCUCGGCCUGAUGAUUUUGGUGAUGACCACCCCUGUGAUGACACUUUGUUGCAUUCAAAUAACACAGGUGGUAGCUUAACUUGUGAACUUUUCAAGUUGGCCAAGUAUGGCUGGUACUGGGGUCCCAUCACCAGAGAGGAAGCAGAAGAGAAACUCCUAGAUCUUCCAGAUGGAGCAUUUUUGGUUCGAGAUUCAUCUGCUGACCGCUACCUGCUUAGUGUGAGCUUUCGCAGUUCUGGAAAGACGUUUCACGCUCGCAUCGAGUACAGCCACGGUUUGUUCAGUUUCUAUUCAUUUCCUGGACAAGAAGGCUUUGCAAGCAUAGUUGAUCUCAUCACUCACUCCAUGACGUACUCAGAGUCGGCUGUGUUCUGCUACUCGCGGCCACGAGCUCCGGGCUACCCGUCGUUCCCGGUUCGCCUGGCCAAACCUGUGUCGCGUUUCACUCAAGUGAGGUCUUUGCAAUAUUUGUGUAGGUUUGUCAUUCGUCAGUACGUGCGAGUGGACAAUAUUCAAAAACUGCCGCUUCCUAGCAGACUGAAAGGUUAUAUCCAAGAAGGGCACUACUAGAAUAAUCUUCUUGGUAGUGCUAGACAACAUUAGUGAGAAUUUACAUAGCCCUGUAUAUGGUAAUUUCAUAAGUUUGUGUUUGAUGUGUUAAAGAUUUUAGCUUACUGAAAGUCCUGUUCCUGUUGGACAAAAUAAAAAAAAUUAUAGUAUGACUUUUUUUUUUGUAUAGGUACCUAUCAUGUGUGCAUGUGUGUGAUGUAAAAAUGUUUGGUAAUUUCCUAGAGCAGGUGCUAAGAAAGAAAAAUGUGUUCCGUAGUACUACUUUGUCAAAAAAAAAAAUUCUGAAAUAGGUAUUAUUUACUUUCCAUAGUUACUAGUAACUAUUCUGUGAAAUGGCAUUGUAAUACUGCUAAUAGCUUACCUUUUUAUAUAGUUAGGUUAGAUACAUUACAUACAGUAGUGUUAAAAGUACUCUGAAAAAGUAAUUGGGCUCAAUUACAAUUACUGUGGUGAUAAUGUAACUAAUUACAAGUAAAAUUUACUUUAUAUAGAAGUAAUCAGUAAAAUUACAAUUACUUUCCGCUACCAUUUUAAAACUGACCUACGAUUCAAUUUUUUUACACUUUGUUACAUUAAUAAACAUACAUAUAUGUUUUGUUAAAAAAAUGAUUUCAUGUAAUGAUUAAAUUUAUUAUCUUUAAUUAAAUGAAUAAUAUUUGAGUACAAACUUGCUUGAAUAACAUCAAAAGACUUCAUACAAGUAGCUAUCUGUAAUAAAAGUAACACUCUUUAAAUUUUGGAAUUGACCUUACGAAACAAUUGCAUUUUAAAGUUCUCAUCAGAUAGAUUCCCUCUCUUGAUGGCAAAAACAUCUUUGCCAACACUAAAAAGACGCUCAGCACUUGACGGUAGCGAUGUGUUAAAUUUUAAAAAUGCAAAUUUUAGGAUAGGGUAAUGUUGGAGACACUGCAAGUCACUAUGGGUCUUCAUUUUUGAUCAUAGAUGUUAUGCAUACGAUCGUAGCACUACAAGCGUAAAAUUAUAAACUUUACUAACACAAAAGUGUAUGAUCUUCUUGUUCUUAAUUGUAUUCAUUAUACGUUCCGAGAAUAAAAGUAAUGGCAAGUAAAUAUAAAG